AUGACCUGCCAACUAGUAAGGAUCCUUGUUUAUCUUAUAGUCACUCGAUCGGAUAUUUCACAUGCUGUACACAUUGUUAGAACCUUAAUUCAUGGGCUUCAUUUCUCUGCUGAGUCAUCUCUAAAACUUCGUGGAUAUUAUGAUGCGGACUGGGCAGGCGACCUAACAGAUCGUCGUUCAACAACUGGCUAUUGUUUCUUUCUUGGUGAUUCUCUUAUUUCAUGGUGUAGCAAGAAACAAACUGUGGUUGCUCAUUCUAGCACAGAGGCUGAGUACCAUGCUCUAGUAGAUACCACUCAAGAACUUUUUUGGUUCCUAAGGUUACUUGAAGACAUGGGAGUUACCCACUCUUGUGCCACUACCAUCAGUUGUGACAAUCGGAGUGCUAUUUAG